CUAUUGUCUGAACUCUCUCAUUGUGCUGGUGUUUUAUUUUCAUUAAGCGAAGCAGAGUGUUGGUUUAUUCAGUUCAGUCCUGAUUGCGAGACGAAACGGAACAAGUUUGGGAGUCCUCCUCAGACUCGGUGAUAUUGGCUUGAAACUUGUUUUCACUCCCUGGAAAGUUUCAGAAUAUGAAAAGUUGGACUAAUUAUUGAAAGGAUUUAAUCAACUUUGGAGGAUUCAUGUAGUGAGAGUGUUGAUGGUGGUAACCUUUUAGGUGAUGAUGGUUCGAUUCAUCCAGGAGUCUUUGCCAUCACUUGGAUCUUCAAUCAACGCCAUGGCUGCACAGAAGCUGAACCUGAGCUCCAAGAAGAAAAGGAAAGGGAGUCUGCCCACCAUGAACACCCCUGAGCCCCCCAUGAUGAUGAUGAUGCAGCCCCCAGAGCAACCCAUAUUUCCCACCAACUUCAGCAGCAUUAUCCUCAGGAACCCGCCUCCUGCGCCACCCUCCUUGCUUCGGAAUGUGAACAGGGUCAAAGAGAACCCAGGCAUAGGCAAGGUAAAGGUGAUGCUCCGAGUGAUACCAUCCAGUACCCCCAGUGAUACGGCUACUUUCGUCACAGUGGACACCAAGAAGAAGCAAGUCACACUCUUUGAUCCGUCCUUCCUGACCGGGCAUGUAUCUACAGCGGGUCGAAGGGCCGGUGUGGCUGCCCCCAAGAUGUUUGCCUUUGAUGCCGUCUUUCCCCAGGAUGCAUCACAGGCUGAGGUGUGUGCAGGCAGUGUGGCCGAUACCGUUCAGGCUGUAGUCAAUGGAGCGGAUGGUUGUCUAUUUUGCUAUGGUCAUGCCCAUUUGGGCAAGACAUAUACCAUGAUUGGUUCGGAUGAAUCUGUCCAAGGAAUAGGUGUCAUUCCUUGUGCCAUAGCGUGGCUCUUCAAACUAAUCAACGAAAAGAAAGAAAAGACAAGCACAAGGUUCUCAGUUCGUGUCUCCGCUGUGGAGGUGUAUGGGAAGCAAGAGAAUCUCAGAGAUCUUCUUAUUGAACAAGCAAAUGGGAGUAAUAAUGGGUGCGGCACAUCACCGGCUCUCUAUCUCCAGGAGGAUCCCAUCUGUGGGGUGCAGCUCCUGAAUCAGAACGAGCUCAGGGCACCCACUGCAGAGAAGGCAGCGUUCUACCUCGAUGCUGCCAUCGCUACUAGACUUACUAAAGGAAAGAAUGAGGAGGCACAUGACGGAAGAUACUCUCAUAUGCUCUUCACGCUUCACGUCUACCAGUAUCGCAUUGACAAGUCCGGCAAGGGUGGAGUGAUUGGUGGGCGGAGUCGUCUUCAUCUUAUAGACCUUGGGAGCGGCGAUCGGGGAGGGGGUAGAGCGGCUAACGGUGCUGCACUGUCAUUCUCGGCCCUCGGUAACGUCAUAUUAGCAGUCUUGAACGGGCAGAAGCAUAUACCCAAUAGGGAUAGCAUGCUAACAAGGCUGUUACGAGAGGCCAUGGGAAGUCUGUCGUGCAGGACGGUGAUGAUUGCACACGCUUCCGCCGCCAUUAACAACUAUGCAGAGACGCUAGGUACCAUUCAAAAUGCAUCCAGGAUCCACCGUAUGAGGAAGAAGAAAUCAAAGUACUCUGGAACUAGUUCAAGUGGUGGUGAGAGCUCCUGCGAUGAGGGUAGGAUAAGAAGACGUCGGUACGCACCUCCAGCGAACAACGGAGUCUGUGUAACAGAUGCUGUCAACCAGAGUGACCCGGAGUACAUCUCCAGCAGUGAACAAUCCUGCGAUACUGUCAUCUAUGUAGGACCGGAUGGAUGUCCUUUAAGUGAUAGAGAAUUAACAGACAAUGAAGGACCACCAACAUCACUUCCAAUCCUCAAGGGAUUGAGUUCAAGUGAGGAUGAUAGUAAAUGUGGAUCAUCGAGCGAUAAAGACAUUGAUGAGUUCCGAUGGGCCAAUGCCGAUUCUACAAAUGAGAUGUCAGGAAGAGACACAGAUACUGGCGGCAGUGAUGCCGAAUCAAGGACUACUAAAUCUCUAUUUGACAAAGGUGCUAGAUCUUCCAAAUUGCCAUCAAAGAGCUUGAUCCCAAAGCUGUCCUCGUCUCCCAAGAGAACAUGUUCAGAUGAAUCCAAAAGAGCGCCUCCGGUUCCACCCAAGAGAUCGGAUAGCACAAAGGAAUCAAGUUCGUUAAACAGGAAGAAAUCAGCCAAAGAUGGCUUCUCAAGUGGGAAAACUAAGGUGAAUGGACACUCUUCAGAAAAGAAACUGAAACAUGACCCGAAGGUCAAUGGAAUCUCUGGGCCUGACAGGCCGCAGAAUUUCCCAAGCAAUCUAAAACCUCCCGCUGCCAUACACAAACCCAAACCUCUUCCAAAACCAAAGCCAAUCACAGUACCAAGACCAAAAGCUUUCAUCUCAUGCUCUGACACAGAGGCUGAAAACUACAUGUCUCAAGAAAGGCGGAAUGUUGGAAGGUCGUUUCUGUUAGUGGAAGAUGAUGAUGAUGAUAUGGCAGAGGAGCUGAAUUGCAGGCCAACUGGAAAGUCUGCCUCGGAUGGGGAGUUGAAGGACAAUAGCACAAGUGAAGAUGAGCCUGAUGAGGAAGCACUAGCAGCAUUAGCUGGUAUGCCCCUGGUACCAAAUGGGCGUGGCAAUUUAUCUCCUGUCUUGGAAAUAGACGAUGCAGCUUCGGAGAAAGGUGAGGAAGGUCGGAUCAAAGCAAAUGGAGAUAUGGAGGAUGAUGGUGAUGAACUGACAGCAGCUUUGAGAAAUGCAGAUGCUGAUUUUACCACCCAGGCUGCCAAUCUUGCAGAGAACCCAGUUGUUGAGACACCUUCAGCAGUAGAUGUUUUGCCCCCUGCGCUGUCUCCAAGAGUAGAGAGGCUCCUGUCACCUACUGCUCUUAAGAAGGCUGGUAUUGAUGCAGAAUGUUUGAUGAGGACCAUUCAUUCUUUAGAGGGUCUGUCUGAACUUUUGGACAAACCAAUCUCAGAGAUUUCAGAAGAUGACAUAUCAUCAUUAGCAUGCUCUGAGCAGGACACCUUGAGCUAUGUAUCAAGGGACACAGAAGAUGUUACUUCAGUUACUGACAUGUCAAUUGAUGACCUUCCUAUGGGGUCAGAAGCAAUGUGCUGCAUAAAGGAACUUGGAAGAAGGUCUCUGGAUUCUUACUCUGAGAACUUUUCUAUUAGUUUCAACGGAGCUAGUGUGGAUGCAUGCCUUAAUGAACCUCUCCUGUUGUUAGGCCAUGACGACAGACACAAACUAGGACUUGGUAACUAUGUCUACUCAGAUGAUGAGUCAGAGAUCGCUGAUGGGUCAAAUCGUCCACGGCGGUCAGAGCGUCAAUCAGAAAAGGACACAUUUGAAUCUAUGUCGAUGGCUUCACGAGAUAUUGAGGCCAUUAAGCAACUCUAUGUCAUAUCGAAUAUGAGCAAUGAAAAUUUAUCAAUUGAUGAUGAUAUGUCAGAAGUUCAAGUGCCCAAUCUGUCAUUUGGUGAAUCCUUCUUGCAGGAUGAGCCGUCUGUAGUCACUUACAUGACGAUCAAUAAUGAUGAACAGGUAGUAAUGAGGGAAAAGCAUUUGACUCUUGAUGAUCUUGAUCAUCCAUUGAGGAGACUCAGCUGCAUUAGUGAUGCCACAGAUGCCACCUUCAGUACAGCCUCCCGUCCAGCCAGCUUUGCAGAUCAGGAUGAUAUUACCCUUAUUGGUGACUGCAAUGAUGAGGACUCUAAAAAUGAACCUACCUCACCCAAUACCAUCAAUCUCAUUAACAGCUUACAGAAUCUCCACAUGGAUGGCAUGAAGCACAGUAAUGGUUUCAUCAGACCACAGUGGUAUCAGAAUAGUCAUAAUGGAAACACGGCACAAGAGACAGGAAGAACGGGAUACACUCCUUCAUCUUCCGAGACCUCGCCUGUGUGGCUUAGAAUGAACAUUCCAGUCUCUUCAUCGGCAGAGCAGAAAGGCAAACAAGGUCAGUCCUGUAGUGGAGUACCAAAGAGUGGCUGCUCAAACAGAGUGGUCUCCCAUCUAGACACCAAUGCCAUUCUUCCAAAUGGAAUACGACAAGCCCUUCCAACUCGUUUGCUGACUGAAGUCUUGAGUAAUUCAAGCCCAGCGUCUUUCUAUAAUAGUCCUCAGCAUCAGGCCACUGUUCAUUCAGUCCAAGCCCGGAGUGUCUCACUCUCCCAGCAACCUUCUCCUCAUGUUCUAAGUGCUGCAAUCCAAAGUGCUAAACAUCAGAUGGCUGUGAAACAAGACAUGCCAAAGAUCCACUGUUUAGCUGAUCUGGAGAAGUUGUAUGGCAUUGAUAUCCGCAAGCCUGACGGUGCGGCUACGGAAGAUGUGAAAAGCGAGCCUAUCCCUUUGGAUCACCAUGUAUUUGAUGGAGGCAAAGGAUGUGAUAUUUCUAGCAUGGAGCGUCCUCCUGCAAUUGGUGCCUGCUCUGCACCUCCCUUUGAGGUAGAAAUGAAUCCAUGUUUCUCACAAGAGUAUGAUGAUGCACUGCUGUCUGGUGAGGUUAAGGAGACAAUUGCCAUGGUGCAUCAGCCUCCAAAAGUAACUGUAAGCGAGGCUAGGACUAAGAAACUUGCAACAAGGAAAGAGAGUUUACAAUCAGAGGCCAGCAGUGUAUCAAAGAGUAGUGAUUUAACUGUUCAGAGCUGUCCAGUGAGUAGAUUACCACAACCAAGUCAUCAUGGGACACCAUCCAAAGGCUCCGCAGUUUCCAAAACGUCUUCCCGCACUGGCAAGCCUCCAACCAAAUCCAGGGAAGAGAACCAUUCAGGAAACAAGAGUGCACCUACGUCUUCCAAAAAGACUGCACAAACAAGUAGGAUACCCCAGAAACCUCAGGCAAACACUCGCAGUCAAACCCCCAAAUCAAGUGCCCUCCCUGUCCGGAAAUCCCUUAGCAAGUCAGCACCAUCACUUUCCAGGACAAACCAAACCUCAGCAAAGAUUCCUGUCACGACCGUCACAUCGGUCGAUGGCACUUCUGAUCCACCCCCUAACAUGCGCAAUGCGAACAACAACAUAGCCCAACUUCAACCUGGUAGUCGACUAACAAACUCCUCUGACAGCAGCAACGAUAGCGGUAUAGCUUCCAGUGAGAACGUCACCAACUCCAAACCUGCUAUUCUCUCACCAUACUCCACUGUCACAAAGCCAAGGACGACCAAGAGUUCCAGCAGCGGACACGGUAGCGACAACAGCAGCACCUUCAGUGACAGUGUCCCUGCUACCAAAGGCAUCCGGAGGGUGCACGGCGCCAGUGGAACCAGUAGUGGUUAUGAGAGUAUGCUGAGGGAUAGUGAGAAUACAGCUAGCUGUUCUUCUGCUCAUGACUCGCUGAGUGAAGGAUCCUGUGGAAGGGUGAAAGGCAGCAAACUACCAAGAAAGAAGUUUGGAGGUGCGAGGAGAAGUCGUAGCGUUCCCCGAUCCUCGGCUUCUGAUUGUGGCCCAUCUACAGGCAGCAGCAAGUCAAGUCGCUGGAAAGACCUUCCCCCUCGACCCAUCUUACCCAACGAAGAAGGUGUGGAACUCAAGGUCUAUGAGGUUGAUGACCCUCAUCGUAUCCAGCAACAAAGACCAGAGACGAUCAAGGAUACCGGUGUUAUUAACACUAAAUCACCUAGUAAAUCAGCCAGUAAAUCACCUAGUAGAUCACCUAAAAAAGCCUGUGACACUAACACCUUGGCUAGCACUGGGUCUAAUGGUGCUCCACCCAAACCAGAGAGAUAUGAGAGAGCAGGCAGGCCAGAGACUUGUGAGGAAGCAAGCGGCUCCUCAUCCCUGAGCCGUCACCACGAGUUGCGGGCUCAACUGGCCCUGGCCGAGGCCCAGCUCCAGGAGGGCCAGAGCCAGUGCCCCUUUGAGCUCCACGUUCUGGAAGAAGUGGAGUCCCAGUUCGGGGAGCUCACCCCUUCGCCCAUGGAGGAAGAGACAGCCCGCCUGGAAGAGCGAUUGAUCAACUGUCGAGCUCAUCUGGCCAUGAUCAAGUGCCUCAACCUCCUCUGUUGCUCACCGAAGAGACACAAGCCCAGUCCAACUUAGACAGCGCAGAGGCUCAUAAAGAAGAGCCGUCAGAUGGCCAUAGCGAACAAUGUUCCGGUUCAGCGCAGGAGUUAUGUUCACUGAAGAAACAGGAACCUAGUCCAACUUAGGCAACAAGGGGGCUGUUAAAAUGGGGAUGUCACAUUGCCAGAAUGAACAAUGUUCCAGUUCUGCCCAGGAGUGAGUGAUGCUCACCAAAAGAGACACAAACCCAGUCCAAAUUAGAUAGCUCAGAGGCUCUUAAAGAAGGGAUGUCAGAUUGCCAGAAUGAACAUCGUUCCAGCUCAACGUAGGAGUGAAGCAACGACUGACUUUCUUAGACAUACUUCAUUACUGCUAACUGGAGAGACACAAACCCAGUCCAACUUGGACAGCACAGAGUCUCUUAAAGAAGGGAUGUCUGAUUGCCGGAACGAACAAUUUUCCAGUUCUGUCCUGGAGUGCUGCUCACCGAAGGGACACAAACCCAGUCCAACUUAGAUAGCACAGAGGCUCUUCAAGAAGGGUUGCCAGAUUUGGGUGUCAGAUUGCCAUAACGAACAACAUUCCAGUUUUCUGCGCAGGAGUGAUGCCAUGACUGUCCUUCAAAGACUGUCCUUCCAAAGACACAAUCACGAUUGGAUGAUGCAAACCAAAUGCUUCGAUAUUUCAUUUCUGAAGCUACCAAAUUUGAUAAAAAUUUGCUGCUGUGACAUGGAGCUCAUAUUUGCUGAAAGCUUUUAUUAAGAUGAAUUUUCAUAUUAAUCUUUUGUCUUUGGUUUGCUACCAGAAGUCAAGAGAACUUGGACCAACCCUGAUUAGUUGAAGAAAGGUUAAAAGAAAGAAAGAAAAUAGAUGAAUUUGGUUAAUGAGUAUUCCAGUUCUUGUGUGAGGGAGGAAAAUGUUAUGUUCGUUUGAUGCCUCUUUUCUUAGAACUCAUUUAUAAGCUAAGCCAGAUAAAAGAAUUAAAAUGAAUCCAGAGAAGUGUAGGGUACCUUAAUGACUGUGGCUUCUACUGCUUUCUCGCUUGGGGUAUUUCACGGCCACUUAGCAGGUAUCCCAUUGUUUCGUCAAUGUGGGAAAUGAAGGAUUGCAAGGGAAAAGAUGAUGAGUUGGAUUCUCACCAGAAGCUGCAGCGUGACAUGGCCAAGACUCGUGCUAACUCUCCACAUGCUGCUAUUGCCAGUUUGCACCAAAUGAUACAUAUGAAUCACAUUGAGCUGCAAUUCAUCCGGCAUGCUAAGCGUUAAGGUAUUAAAUCCACGAAUGGAACAUGGAUAGAGAGCAUUGAAGAAAAUCCCAAAGAGCCUUUAACUUUCGUUAUGUAUCUAAUACUUUAUAUUCUGACUUAGAACGUCUGGGUAUUAGAAAACUUGAGAAUGAUAAGUAUUUGCUUGGAACCCCCCCCCCCUUGGUUUGGGACUUUCAAAGAAUGGCAUAUAGAUAAAAGGUUGUCUAUCUCCAAGGUAUUUGUCUUACCAGCCUCGCCAUCUGUUUUAUCGAGUCUCCAAAAACUAAGUUAUAGAAUAUCACACUACAAGAGGGUUUUCGAAAAAUUAGUAUUAGUUUGCUGGAAAAGGCAUAAUCCUUUGGAUUUUCAAAGAAUGGCAAAAGGAAUAAAGGAUGUUUAUCUCCAAUAUAUUUGUGUUAUUUCUCACAUUAAGUGCAAGUGUCGUAUUAAAUCAAACUAAGUAUGCCACUGUCACAAAAGGUUAUUUUUGUUGACAACUUCAUUUCAUUUCAAUAAUGGAAAUAUGGUGCUGUCUUUUUAUACAAUCUUUGCAAGUUUUCUAGCAUUGUUGGUAUAAACUAAUUACAAGUGGGUUGUUUUGUUUUGUUUUUCAAAUGAAUGGCAAUUCUACAUCAUGUUGCAUAUAUAGCUAGAUUGUACUUUUCUCAUUAUAGACAAAUAAAACAAAUCAUAGGCCUGUUUAUGGAAUAUAUUGUAUUGAAUAGUUAUUAAUAGCCUAUCAUUCAGCCCUUCGUCUCUCCCCACAUGUGUUGUAGCACCCAUAGGCAUCUCUGCUUUUAUGGUAAGCCAUAUGAAACAAAGCUUGUCAAAAUUGAUUUUUUCCCCUUCCCCUGUUUUUGUACAGUCCAGAAAUGCCAUUGGUUCUUUUCAUACAAAUUAUAUUUGUAUUUAUGAAAUGUACAUAGUUAUACAUAUUUCAUCUAUUUAUCAUUUCCAUGACAAUAUCACCAUAACAUAAGUCAUUUUCAAGGAAUGUAUUGAUAUUAUUUCCUGUUGAUUUCUUUACCAUUAAAUUUUCUGUCUAUGAAUGUGUUCUUAAUCAUUUAUGGCACGUUAUAUCAAAUUUGUAAGCAAUGGGAUGUAAUAGUAUUCUAGUGUUUCACCAUUUUUUUUUCCAAGACUGUCCCAUGAAUUUUAGUUUGAGAAUUAUUAGAGACCAGUAUUGCAUGCACAUGACUUGCCUUCUAUAUCUCUUGCAAGUGCAGUGAGAGAAUUUAUUUUGUAGAUAGAAAUAUUGUCUUGUAUAUAAAUCAGAUGAAAAAAAAGAUAUUCAGGCAACUUGGACUAGAUUUUUCUAUUCUCUUUUGGCACAUUCUAUGCAUUUAUACACAAGGAUAUAAUUUCUAUCGUUGAAUCAGCAAAUACAAGAUGAAAUGAUCUUUAUUAUAUAUACAAUUUAAUGUCUUUGGAAUCCCAAAUGCGGGGAUUGGUGAAAAAGCUAAUUUAAUGAAAUCUGAUAUGUGUAAAGAACAUUAUUUCAGAACAAAUUGACUGAUUAUUUGGUUUUAUGUGUAGUGAACAUCAAUUAUGAGAUAAUUGCUGAUACUUUCGAGAUGAUUAGGUUUGGAGAGGUAUAUAGAAAUAUAGAAUAUACAUUUAGAAAUGUCUCACAGAUGUAUUUAAAAAAUUCUGUACAGCAAGUCUUUCAUGCUUUCACAUCUAACGUAUGAUAAUUAAGGAGAUGAUGAAAAAAAAGGUCAAAAUUUUUUUCAUCUUGUCAUGUAAAGGAUUUUUGUACACACCAAAUUUUGAGUUCCCUGUUUAAUCAGUCUGUAAUUGAUAAAAUGAAAAAAAUAUAUAUGAUGUCGAACAGUUUACUAGGUUUAAGUACUAUUCCACUGAAAGACAGAAGUUUGUGUGUGUAUGUUUGUGUGUGUGGUUUGUGUGUCGUUAAGGUAUAGAGUGACAUGUUAUGCUGCUCGUUACGGUACCUACAUCUCACGAGGCUGGCUGAAAGUUUGAUUUGAAUUACAGUAGUUCAAAAGAAAAAAAGACAAAAAACAGCCACAGUGUCUUGGAUAGACAGCCACUUGCUGCAUGAUUUGUGUACCAGGGGGCUGUUUCACAAAACAAAGUGUGACUUGGAGUCGCGCUUAAAUUCCCAGAUGCGUGUGGUUUAAAAAGGCAUUACCGCAAUAAAUAAUAAUAUAGGAUUUGUAUAGCGCACGUAUCCACCUUGCUAGGUGCUCAAGGCGCUCCUGUAUGGUCAAAUCAUGUUCAGAGGUCACGCACUACUGCGUAUUUAUCAAUAAUUAUGUGCGUUACAUAUCGUUAUGUCAUCAUUUUUAAGUACGAUUCUAAGUCACACUUUACUCUUUGUGAAACCCCCCCUGUUUUUUAAAAAUUUGUUUACAUAUUGAAUGUAUGUACGUAUGAAUGUCAGUCUACCCCUUUAUUUAUUACCAGUGAAAAAGAAAAUGCAAGAUAUUUUAGCACAUUAGAAUGUAAAUACCAAUCUUGUAGAAAUAAGAAAUAAGAGAAAUCCUAAAUCUUGUAUAGUUAUAAAAUCAUGAAGACAGAAGAGAAUUUUAUGUGCAGUAAUCGUCUAUGGCAAGGCAGAAUUUAAUUCAUGUUUUACUAUGACAAAAGUUCACAAAGAGGCAAGAGGAGAAUGAUGAUUAUACGAGGUAGGCAUUUUAAUAUGUUUUGAUUAGAUUAUAUUUGCAAUAUGAUUUAUUAGAAUGUGUAUCACGUUCGUUUUUGCAAAUGCAAAAAGGCGGAAAGAUGGAACUUUUGUGUGUACAAACUUGUGUGGCAGUGGUCGGUUAUUAAAUUCCAC